CAUACAUCACCCCACCUAUUGGUUUCCCCUUCAUGGGGAAAUUGUACAACAGGGUUUAUUUUUCAGACAAUGGCCUUGUCCAGUUUCAAUCUGUCACUGAGAACGAGCAGUACCUGCUCCCGGCUCCAUUGGCCUAUGGUUUCCCCGACAACAUGACAGUGGGCCUGCUGGCGGCAUUUUGGGAUGAUGCUGACCUCACCCAUGGGGACGGAAGGCUGCUCUAUCAGGAAUACCAUGGCCUGGAUAUGUCAGAUGUCUACUCCCAGAUAGUGUUUAACCGUACGGCAGAUGAUGUGACGAAAUUCGAGCAGCGGAGGAACAAACCUGCCUUCACCCCUGCAUGGAUCCUCAAGAUCACCUGGGACCAUGUGAUGCCCGUCGCCUAUCAGAAAAUCAACUUCUCAGAGACUAACACUUUCCAGUGUAUCCUGACCACUGAUGGAGUGCGCUCCUUCGCCCUCCUGCGGUACGGGGACAUGCUCUGGGGUCCCGGCCAGAGGCAAUACCAUGACGCUAUCAUCGGCUACACGGAUGGAAAAUCCUCCUACAGGGAGCCCACUGUACCCCCAGACAACCUUUUCGGGCCUGGGGGCAGAUACAGGCCCCAGCAGGUGAAGGGGGUCAUGGGGAAGCUGGGUCAGCUGGUGUAUGAUUUUACAGCACCAAGGGGCUCAGACCUAGAUUCCCGGCUCAGGUGCCAGGCGUGGGCGAUGGAGCAGCCGGAACCCGCUCAGUGGACAACAGGGCUGCCUCCAUGUCCCUGCACACGCAUCCAGGCUCGGGAGGACUUGUCCUUCAUGCAGGACACCACUGAUCCGGGUUCCAUGGUGAAGACGCUGAGGGGUCUGCGGUGGGGGGGCGCAGGGGGGCACGUCUUCCAGUCGGUCUUGUCCAACAGGCACGGUUCAGGGAAGAGGUGUGUGUAUGACCCUGAUGGCCCGCUGCUGACUGGGUACAACGAACGAUACUUCUAUGGAAACAGCGUGCAAAAACAUAUUGACGAGGAUCUCCUGCCGUUCCAGUGGUGUUGUAUCGAGUCUCCUCUGUGCCACCUUUACCUCAACAAGAGACCGCUGGACCGCUGCCAAGGUUACAGCUGGGCAAGCCUUCACCGGUUCAGUCUAACCAAGAAGGCGACACCGGGUGUAGCGAUGGUGUACGGCAGCCUCCAUUUCAUCACCUUCGAUGGGACGGAGUUCUCCUUCAAGGCCCUCGGAGAGUUUGUGAUAUUACGUCUCUCCUCCUCCAGCGGCUCUAAUAUCUUCACCCUGCAAGGACAGACUGACAAGCUACACACAGACGCAAAGGGGAUCAUUGAGGUCCCAGUGGUGGUGCGCAUGGCUGCCUUCCACCAGGGCAUUGGCAAGAUUGAAUGGAGAUGUGCAGAGAAAGGAGAUGGACUGCAGCUUUUUGUAGAUGAUGCCAAGGUCCCAGUCACAGUUGGUGUAGUGCACAUGGGUGAGAGGGACUUUGCUGUGCGCUGUGUGUCAGUGAGUCGUUGUGCGGCGGUGUACGCCGGUGGUCUCCAUGUGGUGGUGUGGAGGGAAGCCCACAAUCAGCUGGCGGCCAUGGUGGAGGUUCCUCAGACUUUCUACAACCGCACUGUGGGCCUCAUGGGUCAGUGGAGCUCCAACCGCUCCGACGAUUUCCUCAUGUCCGACGGCAGGCUUGUCCCCUCACUGGACCUCAACCCCCCUUCAGAGGCCAAGCUGCAUGACUUUGGCUUGUCCUGGGCAGUUCCCGUCCCAGAGAGCCUGCUGUUCUCUCCACCUCCACUUGCUCCACUGCAGCCUGCCUCCUCUCAGCAGCUCCUGGAGAGCCUCAGUCCUGCGGAAGUGGAGGAGCUGAGGAGAACCUGUAAAGGCAGCAUGCAGUGCGUCCACGACACCAUAGCAACCGGCAGCUCUGACCUGGGUCAGCGCACUCUGGCUGCCAAGAACCAAUAUCAAAAUCUGGCUCUCGUAUACGGUAACAUGCCCCCCAUAGUGACGGAGCCCACAGUGAUUGGCUGUAAGGUCAACUCCACUGUCAACGUUCAGUUUGUUGCUCAGGACCCGAAUGGAGACCCCAUCACCUACUCACUGCUCCACCCCAGGCCUCCCCGGACCUCCAUUGGCAGCAGGGACGGCUUCCUGACCUGGAUGCCCCUCACCACACAGCCAGUCCAGCUGACCAUCAGAGUCAGUGACGGGCUCUCCAGCUCCCUGUUCACCCCCAUCCUGCACGUUUGCAACUGCCUCAACGGAGGGACCUGCCAGUAUGAGAGUGUCACUGAAAACCUCCAGCAGGGGACUUUUCAGGUGGUGGGGUGCCUGUGCCCAAAGGGGUUCAGUGGAAAGUUCUGUGAGAAAACUGCAGACGUAUGUAAAGGCAAACCCUGUUUCCGAGGCGUUCAGUGUCAGUCAGAGACAGAGCCCGGACAGUUUACCUGUGGAGAGUGUCCCAAAGAUGCUGUCUCUGGAGCAAAACAGGGAUACAAGUGCUUUGAGCAUGACAUGUGCAGCCCUCCUUUCCCCUUCCCCUGCCACAAAGAUGCCGACUGCCUCAGCACCCAACAAAACUUCACCUGCACAUGUAAGCCUGGCUUUACGGGAGACGGACGCAACUGCACAGAUGUAGAUGAGUGUGCAGAGCUGGCCACCUGCCCCAAUGCUAAGUUUGAGUGUAAGAACACGCCGGGCUCUGUCGAGUGCUUCUGUCGAUACAAGAAGACCAGGGACACUGAUGGAUGUGGUGACCUUACCAAUCCUCCAGGGGGAAAUGUGUUCAACGUCUCUGUGGGCUGGGUGCCGAACAGAUCUGAUGGACUCAAACAGCUGGUGGACAUUCUGUCCAUGGGUUUCCAGAACAAAUUCUACAACGCCAGCAAGAAGGAUCCAGCGCAGGGCUACCCGCCAGGUGUAGCAGAGUAUCGUAUCAACAUGUCCAGUGACACGCCGCACUGGUACAUCAGAGACUACAUGGCCAGAGUCAGCAGCCACUAUAACAUGAGAGGCAUAGAAGUUGAUGAUCUGGAUGAGUGUAAGGCCAAGGAGGCGGUGUGUGUCUAUCCUGCCCUCUGCGCCAACACGUACGGAGGCUAUAGGUGUAUUUGCAACGGCACGACGGACGUUGAGAAGAGCCAGUCCUGUAUAUUAGACAGAGAACCGGUGAAACAGGUGGAAACGGACCUUGUUCUGGGCCUGGUGCUGGGGAUCGGCAUCCCUCUGCUGCUGCUGCUACUCCUGGCUGCUCUGGCCUGCUUCUGCUGCAGAAAGAAGACUGCGACCGGGGAGCUCCCUCACAUGGUGCCAAACCACAUCCAGGAGCAGUACAACCCCCCGCCCUUCAACUACUCGGACCCCGCCCUGCACUACAUAACCCACUGCAGCCCCCGGAUCCUGGACAACUACACACCCAGGCAACGCUACAGAUAACACACACCUAAACCACACACACACAGACAUAGCUGCAAAUCACAAACUUACAAACAAAGCAUUUUGAGAGCCACUGUUUUAUAAAGACAAGAUGAAUGACUCUUAUUUAUAUGGUAACAAACAAAUAAUUAAGCCUGAGUGACUUUUAAAGUCCAUUAUUUCCAUCCUCUCUGCUGAGCAAUGGACCUGCCAAGUUGGAGCAGGACGUUUUUCUUUCUGCCAGGACGACAGUUUACGGUCCGAGUCUGACCCAGCAACAAUCUCUUGGCUGGAGACAGUGAUGAAAAAGUAAACCACUGCAGUGCAGCUGAUAGUAGGCCAAGCCUCCAUUAUAGCAACAUUAGCGUCCGCCAGAAAGCCUAGCAUCAGGCUCCUCCUGCCCUCUGUUCAUAAUUAAGUUGAGUUCAUUAUGGUUCCAGUCCCAAAAAGUACAGUAAGCCUUCUUUAUUUGCAUCACUCAUAAUCACCCGAACAUAGUUGAUUCAAUUUUGAUUUCAUAUUUAUAGAGAGAAGGUGACACGUUUUUUUAUAAAAGCCUUCGUCCCACUUUGGGAUAACACUCUAAAUAUUGUUCACCGCUGGAUUGUGUCCCAGUUAAUUAUACACAGCAGAGUAAUUCAGUGCAGCUGUCUUUUGUAAAGCUGGACUAUCACUGCAAGUUAAAAAAAGAUGUGUGAAUAUAAUGUUAACCAUUAAAAGUGUCAAUUAGAAGUGAUACAAAAAAAUUAAACACAAAUAUUUUCCCUAUUAACUGGAGAGCUAUUCAUUAAUCUAGAUUGGUUUGGUUUGAGAUGCCAAGUGUUUGACUGUAGUAAUUUAUACCUUCACUUAAAAUGAAAGAACUACAUUGCACUCUGCUUGUGUCAAAUAUAUUUGAAAAACUCAACAGAAAUGUGUCUUACCAGAAAUCCUGACCCUUCUUAUGAUCAGUUUCUUGAGGAAUUAUUGUCUUAAUCACCGCGCAGAGGGAAGAGUGCAUCUACUCUGCUGUCCUUAGUGAAAAGGGGAAAAGAAAAUAGUUUGUUGGCACUUUUAUCCCCGGAAGCACAGUGCUAUCAAAUUCAAAUAGCUUUAUUGGCAUGACCAUAAUGACAUACAACAUUGCCAAAGCUAUAUACAAUCACAAUAUCUAUACAUGAAUAUACAUUUGGAAUGUAUUGUUAUGUUCAUAUACAUUUUGAACAGAAUCAAGAAUUACAGGUUUUCUUCACAAGGAAAAUAAUGUGCUUUUUGGAACAUGAAGUAGAAAAAUAAAUCAAUUGAAUUAUUGUGCUGGAUAAUGCUGAUAAUAAAUUAUGAUAACUUGAUGUAAUACAUUAAUAAGAAAGAAAAAAAGCAGUAAAAAAGGAGAAAAUAAUAAUAGAAAUGAAAAAGACGUGAGAUGUGAGACCUGGUGUGGAUGUAGCAGGCAGGCUAAUUCUAUCAUGCUGUAGUUAUAUUAUAUUUAAGAUAAGGUAGACAUCUCUACAGCUUUUAUUUCCAACAUUUGGCAACUCACACCAGAACAAUCUAGAUUGAUAAACAGAUAAGAAAAAAAACAUACAUUUUUUAUUCCGGGGUUAGUCGUCCCUUUAAUAUGCAUAGCAGAGGCUGUGCCAAGAAGCAACAGAUAUCUGACUGCGUGUAGUCAGCAGAAAAAAGCUCUAACACGAAACUGUUCUAAGAUUGAGCCUCCAGGGAAAAGAUCAUUGUUGAGAUUUUCCGGGAUAUCUCUUCAAUGGAAAAGCUGACAUACUAAUUUAGAAAAUGCCUACGAGUAACUGAACUGUUAUCGAUCAACUGAGAUUGUACACAUGUCUGAACGGCUCCUGACUUUUUUUUUCGUCGUAUAUGUUCAAAGUUUUGUAUCGUUUGGGCUGGUUUGUAUGGAUGUUGUCAUGUUCAGUCCAGAGCUGAAACGUAAACAAUUAAAAUAAUGAAAAGAAGUGACGCUUUUCAAACA